CAAAACACAACAACGUCCAAUUUAUUCAAAGUAAACCGCUAAAAUGACCAAAUGACGUCAGCGCAUGCGACGGUGAGAGCUGAAGGACCCCGCAGUGUAACCAUGCACGCGCCAGACUGACCGUAGCAUUACAGAUAGGCUUAAAACUGCGUAUUAUUUAGAUGUCGUGUUUUGGUGGUGAUCCCAACUUCUGCCCAGAAUGUGGGAAUGUUCUUCCUCUUCCAGGAAUACAGGACACAGUCAGCUGCCCCCGCUGCUCCUUCUGCAUCCCUGUAGCAGAGUUCUCAGGCCAGAAAAUCUGCUCUACAGUCGUAUUCAACCCUGUGGAGCAGUCAUCGGUGGCUCUGGAGGACGAGAAGAACGCUGAGCUGAAGGGAGCUGUGAUUGACAGACGCUGCUCCCGCUGCAAUAAAGAGGGGAUGGUUUACCACACCAGGCAGAUGAGAUCUGCAGAUGAAGGACAGACUGUUUUCUUCACCUGUAUACACUGCAGGUAUCAAGAGAAGGAGGACUCUUGAGAAGAAGUCCAGCUCACCUCCCCUUUCCUCUCUGUGCGUCUGCUCAGUGUUUUCAGAUGGAUUGUAAAUAUAACACUGGGCCCUUGAUCUUUGGUUUAUCUGAUGAAGAUGUGUGCUGCAGAGCAUCUCGCUCUUCUUGAAUUAUUAGCAUUUACACUUUUGAAUAAUGUUUGACAAAAAAUAAUCUUAACUCAGAGUCCACUUCUUAGCUUUUUUUUGCAAGAGCUUUCAGUUGGGUCUCAUGGUCUUCUUUCAGUUUACACUGAAACACUGUAGCUCAGUUGUUAUUGAGGAUCUUCUGAUGAAUGCUGUGAGAUAAAGUUGAAGCUGCAGAAAAGACUUGUAAGUAAAUAUUUAUUUUGUUAAACUACCGUUUCCAAAGUGAAAAAUGAACUUUAACACUGAACACGAUUUGUUAAUUCAUGUUGUUUGUUUUUUGCCUCUCUGGGCAUCAAACGCCGCACAAGUAACAAGAACUUUAGCGAGCAGCACUGCACUGAGUCACUAUCUUAUCUGAAUAUGUUUGCAAACCUUAGGCUUAGGCAUCAGUCCAUCUAAUGUAAUGAUUCCCCACUUUUUUCCCUCGAAGCUCCCUCUACUUGUAUCAACAACAAAAAAAGCUGAGACCCCCCCCCUCCCCAUAUUUGAUGUUGUCUUCACCCUUUUGUAAAUCACUGCCUGCUGUUUCAAAUGCUUUUCUGAUAUCUGUGGAUCUUUUGGAAAGUGCCAACUGCAAGUUUUAUACACACACUUUUGUAUAAAUUAUGUAGUAUGUGUGUUAUUCUGAUUUAAAAUCUUUGUGCACCCCCUGUGAUCUUUGGUGGACCCUUGUUGGGAACCACUGAUCUGAUGUAUCACAUUCUGAUUUUGCAGUAUGUGCGGAUCACAUCUACUAUCUAAUAAACAAUAACAGUUUUCCUGUU